UCUAUACUGUGACGGUCGGCCCUGGCUGGUGGGAGGUGACGGCGCUGUCUCCCUGUUCGUCGGGCGAGUGGGGAACUUUACGGCGGCUACGGGUGUGGCUUCAAAUGAGAUAAAUCUCAACGUGGGGUAAAGAAUGCCUAAGGGCAGCAGGCUUUAAAACAACAACGAUAUAUGACAGCAAGGACAAUUAUCGUCUAAAAAGUGGCGCGUGCGUAUCCGAUAGCCUAACUGGCACCAGGAAUCAGUGUGUUCGGUUUUCAACAGCUGGAAUACUUUUUUGGCUGAACUUCGUGGCCCGUUUUUGUGUGAUUAACCUACUCUGAUGGUUUGUUGUAGGAACUACCGAAUUAGCUAAAAGUCAACCGUCCUGAAAAAGUUGCUCAGGUUUUUCCCCCCGUCACUAAUCAACUUCUCUGCGCUCACAAGAAACCGCCAAUGCUGUCUAACUGAUUGGAAAACCAACGAGUGUUUGGGAAUUUAGCUGCAUAAGAAAAAACCGAUUUCACGUCGCAGAAGGAAAUCGUUAUUUUUUAUGAUUCUUGUUUGGUCUCGCGGAUGAACGGACGUCGUCACGUUUGUCGCCACUUUUCAAAAGGGGAAGUCGCCUUACUCAACUUCAACCCUUGCUCUUAAAUAAGGGGGUUUCGGACUUAACCGUUAUUUUUCCCAGGUGAUAUUUUCCCACUAAACAGCAGACCUGAAGCGUGCACUAGGAACCAUGGGCUGUACAGUUAGCCAGGAAGAUAAAGCCGCGGCCGAGAGGUCAAAAAUGAUUGAUAAAAACCUGAGAGAAGAUGGCGAGAAGGCGGCGAGAGAAGUGAAACUGCUGCUUCUGGGUGCUGGAGAGUCAGGGAAGAGCACCAUUGUGAAGCAAAUGAAGAUUAUUCAUGAAGAUGGAUACUCAGAAGAUGAGUGUAAGCAGUACAGAGCCGUUGUCUACAGCAACACAAUCCAGUCCAUUAUGGCCAUUAUCAAAGCCAUGGCCAAUCUCAAGAUUGACUAUGAGGAACCUGCUCGAGUGGAUGAUGCCCGCCAACUGUUUGCCCUGUCAGCAGCAGCAGAGGAGCAGGGACUCUUGCCAGAGGACCUGGCCAAUGUCAUCCAACGACUCUGGGCCGACGGUGGAGUCCAGAGUUGCUUCACACGUGCCCGAGAGUACCAGCUCAAUGACUCUGCAGCCUACUACCUAAAUGACCUGGAGAGGAUAGGCAAGCCAGAUUACAUCCCCACACAACAAGAUGUGCUACGGACUCGAGUUAAGACCACUGGCAUUGUGGAAACACAUUUCACCUUCAAAGAGCUGCACUUCAAGAUGUUUGACGUUGGAGGCCAGCGGUCUGAAAGAAAGAAGUGGAUCCACUGCUUUGAGGGAGUCACAGCCAUCAUCUUCUGUGUAGCCAUGAGCGCUUACGACCUGGUCCUGGCUGAGGAUGAGGAGAUGAACCGGAUGCAUGAGAGCAUGAAGCUGUUUGACUCAAUCUGCAACAACAAGUGGUUCACUGAGACGUCCAUCAUUCUCUUCCUCAACAAGAAGGACCUGUUCGAGGAAAAGAUCACCCACAGCCCUCUGACCAUCUGCUUCCCUGAGUACACUGGCCCUAAUAAGUAUGAGGAGGCCCAGGCUUACAUCCAGACCAAAUUUGAGGACCUAAACAAGAAGAAGGACACCAAGGAAAUCUACACCCAUUUCACCUGCGCCACAGACACCAAGAACGUGCAGUUUGUGUUUGAUGCAGUCACUGAUGUCAUCAUCAAAAACAACCUGAAGGAUUGUGGCCUCUUCUAAAAGCCCAUCUGAGGAGUGUCAAGAUUACUUGAGCCGUUUGGAUGACCACAGAUGGAAUAUGCACACAUCAUGAAUGACUGCACUGGCCAACCACGAUUUCUGCUUUGAUCUGCUUUUUAUAAAGACACCUUUGAUCCAUGAGACUAAAAUCCCGACAAGCCAUGCAGAAUUUGAUCCAGUUGCUCAUAUUUUAACUCUCUGGGCUAUGACCACAAAAUCAACAUUUAUUAUUGUAUUUUUGCUCUUUUUUUUCUUUUCUUCAUUUUCAGUUACUAGAUGAGGCAAAGGAAAGCCUGUUAUAUAAAUGCAUUGUAGAUUCUGAUGUGCAAAUUAUUAAACUUUUAAUCACAUGAAGCUUGUUUUUUUUUAAGAGAUGAAGCACAGGCAUGGACAAAAUGAUAGUGCUUUUUUAUAAUGUUUACAUAAGUUAAUCAGUCAUAGUCAAACUGCAUAUUGUUCUGCAUGUGUCAACAUGACAAUUAUUAGAUCUGUAAUCGGCACCAAUUAUCUAACAUUCCUACAAAAAUAAAAAAAAAAAUAAAAUAAAAAAAAAAGUAAAAGUUUUUAAAAAAUGUUGCUUCUCAUGCAGAGAAAAAUUCUAACAUGUAAAGUAUUUGUGUAUCUAACAUUGUCCCUUUUUUAGCACAGUUGUUUGUAGUAGUAUGUUUCUGCCUUUUUCUGUUUACAGGGAUUCCUAGAUAUGCUUUCAGCACUGUGCAUCAUAGUUUUCUUCCAUUUUUGUGCCUAGCACCUAUAAAUAUACAGUAUAGUGAUUAUCAAUGAGAUGAAAAUCUAAUUCAGAAAAAGGUUCAUGUUUUGGUAAAUAUUGAAGUACUUUAAAAGUCCUAUAUGAUUUAAUUUAAAUAAAAGUAGACACAACCUGA